AAGGGAGAAUGGAAAAGACCACUAUAUUUUUCUUCCAUUUUAAAGAGCGGUCGAUGUCGACCUGGAACUAUUCUACUUUUCGUGACUUUUCCGGAAUGUGUUCGGAAAGCUGUGAUCUCACGUGACUUGAAGGCGGAAGUUGGUCCGAGUAUGUAAAGAUACAGCGUAAGAAGUAACUGUCUUUUUCUGCACUUUACAUUUGUCUAUUAAAAGAGCUUUGAGAUGGAAAGAGGAUCUUCGAAUGCACUCAAUGCGAAUUCUGUGAAAGAUACAGGGAAAAGUGAAGACCUCAAGAGCGGAGCAUCUUGUAGCGCUGAAGUAAUCGUGGAUCAGUGGAUUGAUGUUAUGUUUAUCUGUAGCGAGUGGGGCUCCUCGAAAGGUGGAUUAUCAACGUUUAACAGGGAAAUUGCUGUGAAUCUAGCGAAGUAUUCGAAAGAAAGAAUUAAGGUUCACUGCUUUGUUUGCCAAAGCACAGAAGAAGAACGAAAAGAUGCGAGCAGCAAUGGUGUCCAUUUAAUCACAGCACGGCGCCCUCCCGGAUCAAGUGAUUCACUUGAAUGGAUUCGAAUUCCUCCACCAGAGCUUCGUAAUCCUAACAUCGUCGUUGGCCACGGUAGGAAGUUUGGUGGUGCGGCUUAUUCCAUUCAGCAAAUAACAGGUUGUAAGUGGAUACACUUUGUUCAUGUGUAUUGCGAGGAUCUUGGAAAAUUCAAGCUGGAAUGCAAUGUUACGGCUGAUGCAAUUGCAGAUAACGAAGAGAAGAACAAACGAGAACUGGAGCUGUGCAAAGCAUCUAACUUAGUCGUUGCAGUAGGCUCCCUACUACAAAGAAAAUAUCAAAGAAGUUUGCCAGAUUUUAAAGUAGAAGUCAUUACUCCAGGGAUUUUCGAAAAGUUUGUCAAUCCAACCACAAGGCCGCGUGAAUGGAUGAAAUUUGAAUCAUCAGGAGAAGACGAGUUUCGUAUCUUCAUGUUCGGUCGGGGAAGCUUUGAGGACUUUGAACUCAAAGGAUACGAUGUAAUCGGUAAGGCUGUGGCCUCAUUGGAAAGAAGAUUCGAGCUCACUUUUGUUGGUGCACCACAAGAUCAACAACGGAAGAUCGAAAAAUGGUUCCUGGAGGAAACGAAAAUAACACGGAAUCAACUAACCAUCAAAGGCUUUUGUAAUUACAAAGAAACGAGAGAGAUAUUUCGUCAAGCGGAUGCAGUUGUGAUGCCAUCCCGCACCGAGGGCUUCGGUCUGGUUGCCCUGGAGGCCAUAUCGGCUGGUGUGCCUUUGCUGGUCUCCAGGGAAUGUGGGAUAGCCAAAGCCCUCCAAACUGUGGAUGGUGGGAUGGCUGUGGUCAUCCCCUCAGCUUCACCAGAGGAAUGGGCAAACAAAAUCCAAGAGCUAUCACAACAAUCACCAGAUGAGAGAUAUGCCUCCGCUGUGCGUCUGAGAGAGAAUUAUGGGAAGAGGUACCACUGGAAGGAAGAAAGUGAAAAGUUUAUGAAGAUGAUUCUGCAGUUGGCUCCCAAUCCCUCUCCUAAGGAGACUGUAAUCACAGG